UGUACGUCACUGAAUCGAUUCCUUAAAACAUCCGAGAAGUCAUGGCAAUGGCUCAGUAUUCAAGACCGAGGAUUUCCCAGAGCAUGAAGACGCAGUCUCCAAUGGUUGCGAUGGCCACAAACGACCCUCUCCCUCCGGGUUGGGAAAUAAAAAUUGAUCCACAGACUGGAUGGCCAUUUUUCGUGGAUCACAAUAAUCGGAUAACCACAUGGAAUGAUCCAAGACAUGAUGGCAAAAAGUUUAGCCCAACGUCCUCAAACGGGCCCUUCGCACCUGCCAUGGAGCCGUCCUCCUCGCCCCUGCAGGAUAAUCAGAGGAGCUUCGUCAGGGAGAUGAAGCUCCCUCUCCUUCGGCCGGGAUACGUCCCCAUCCCCGUGCACCAUGACAACAUGGAGCUGCGUGCUCAGCCAGCUUGCUUCUCCUACGCCCAGCCAGCCUCCCUACAGAACCUCAGAUCCGAGGGCCGCACGCCCUCCCCAUCGCCCUCCCCCACGCCCACAGCUCUGCACAGUCGGGCACGCUCGCCCGUGCACAUCAACUCCCAUGAGAGCCCCCACUCCGACGCCCACUGCAUGUCUUGUUCACCCGUUUCACUCGGACCAGAGGUGAGAUCUUGUAGCCUGGGACGCCAAGGAAUGAGUCCACACACUAUGCCUCUCCAGCCACCGCGGCCCAGUAGCACCUCAGGUCUGCAGGCCGGCUACAUUCCCAUUCCAGUCAUACACGAGGGGGCCAGAUGCGCUACGCCGCCCCAGAUGAACCCCACUUUCCACUCGCAGUACUUCCCCCCAGCACACACAGACUACCAGCCCUCUGCCUUCCACGGCCGACAGCCCGACGAGUGGGGAAGCAUGCCCCAUGGCGGACCCAUGUCAGCGGUGCCACGUGAUAACCGAAUACAUCGUGACAGCGCUGUCCCUAUCCAAAAAGUCCCUAUUAAACAAGGCUGUGAGCUGCCACCGCACCUCAGGGCCCAGUCACCUGUCAGGUCGCAGGUCAUGGGGGAGAGACCACAGGUCCAGCCUCACAUUGCACAGAGAGACACUGCACCGAAACUGGAUAGGGAAAUCCCUAUUCCCGUCAGCCACACCAUGCAGAGCGAAGAUGUCCACAGACCCACAGCUAGCGUCCCACAACCACAGUAUCAGCCACAGUCAGCACCACCACCCCAGCAAGUGCAUCAGCCGCCCUCACCGCAAACAUAUCAGCCACAGCAACAACCGCAGCAAGUCAUCUAUCCACCCCCGCAAGCGUUUCAGACACAUCCCCGGCAACAGCCAACCGAGCAAGCAUACCAACAGCAGCAACAACCACAAUCACCACAGCAAGCGUUCCCACCACCACCACCACCAGAGCAACUGUAUCAGCAAGCACCCCCACCUCCCCCACAGCCCCAGCCCCAACCCCAACCCCAACAGCAGCCGAAAGAGACUUCAAACAUCACCAUUCAGAUCCCAGACAAGUCGGAACGCCAGGAGCCCAUUCCUGCACCCGCACCCACACCCCCUCCUCCUCCGCCACCACCACCAUCAGUGCAGGCAGAGGAGUUGCCAGCAAGAGAAGCACCCGAGGCCGCCUCAGCUGAGCUGCCGCCGCCCCCACCCCCCUCCCACCCCGGCCUGAUGAAGGUGCAGAGGAUUGUGGAGCGGGUGGACAAACUGGAAGAGGAGGUGAAGCUCUUCAACGGGAAAAAGAGCGACAAGAGGUAUCUGCUGCUGGAGGAGCUGUUGACCAAAGAGCUGCUGGCCCUGGACUCGGUGGACCCAGAGGGGCGGCCCGACGUGCGGCAGGCCAGACGAGACGGCGUGCGCAAAGUCCAGACCAUCCUGGACUACCUGGAGACGUAUGGCGAGCAACAGCUACCCCCACCUCCACCGCCUGUGGCCGACGUUCAGGCCGUGCCUUCAGGUGAGGGCUUUGGGGGUGGAGCUGCCAAUGCAGAGCAGAAAGCUGAUGCCAGUGCAACGAGCCAGGGGGAGGUGGAAAUGGCUAAGGAGACGUCGUAAAAGGAACUGUGAAGCCAAAGAGACUGAACUGUCAGUUGCCAAAUGAAAAAAAGAGAUUGUUGGAAUUGUUAACGUCUGGUCCACUUAUUUUUCUGCUUUUUUCACCUUCUCACCUGCCAUCUCACCCUGCUAUCUUCCGCUGCUGAGAUUAAGUUGCAUGCUUACAGUAUAAGUUAUUGAAUGUUUUUUUUCUGCUCGCCGACAUUUUCAUGCGAUUGGUUGCUCAGUGUGAUUUUUUUGUGUUUUUUGAUGUAAAGCAGUUGUUGUUGCCUUUUCACCAAGCUAAUUACUGUAGCAGGAGGACCAUAGUGGUGACAGCUACACAGUAAAAAACGCAGUGUAAAUUUAGCACUUACAGAGUCAAUUUAACAUUCUUGAGUGUAUUUGGUCCCAGAGUACUCUCUGAGUGUCGAAUUAACACUGCCUGUUUUUAUUGAGUAUGUUCAGAAAUAAGACUGAAUCAAAGAGGCCUUCAUCCUAAAGAAAGUAAUUGUUUAUUACGAUAAAGUUUGCCCUUUGUCCUUUAGUACUGUAUGAAGGAGUGGUGGACGAAGUUAAGUUGAAGUUAAAACGCGCGCCCGAAUGGUUUCGCUUUUAUUUGUUAUUUUAAUUUGUUUUAUUUUUUAUUUUUUUUGAAAGGGCUAAUGGCUAAGUAAAUGUCAAAUGUUAGCCUGCACUGAAUCUCAAAGAAGUUCUUGGAAAGAGUUCUUGAAAAAAGUUCUUCAAAUUUUCUAGUCAAUCACCAUCACUUUAUCACUGGUAGAUAUAAUGCAAGCAUACUGUAUUGUGUUAUGAGCACAAUGAUAAUCUUGAUAUAUUUGUUUGGGAAUUGUGUUCAUGUGAAAAUUAUCAUACAAAAGUCGUAUAACUGUGCUGAUAUCAGGUCACCUCUGUUUUUACUGCUUCCCCCCUAUGCCUGUGUUUGUGAUGGCACUCGUAUCACCAUAGUAUUGUAAUAAUACGUUUACAGAUGGAUAUUACUGUCAAUUAUAUUCGUAUUAAUGAUUAUAUAUUUUUACUUAAUAUUUUUGUGCCAAAGUUUUUACAAUGUGAAGAUCUAUUGUAAAAGCAGUGAGUCCAUGAUGUCAGAUAACUUAUGAGUGAGAGAAAUGCACACGCACAGUAACAGAAAAAAAUAUAAUUGUUUAUGUGAUUUUACAAAUCCAUCGCACUGCCACUGGUCAACACAUGCCACAUUGUCUGCAUCCGCUGUCAGUGGCUACAGUGUAGCAACAAGGGAAUGCAUUGGUUGCAAUGUCUCUGUGAAAUUGUGCACACUAUUCAUCACAGCUUAAAAUGUUGUAAUUUGUCGCAGUGUUGGCAUCCUAAAGGUCAUAGCUGCAUGGCUGUGAAUAAAAAUCUACCUGAAAAUGCUGA